GCGCAAAUGAGAACUAUAUCCUAAACUCUCAACCUAGUCAGAAUGCAACGGUGAUGAUGUUCAAUAAUGGCUAGCGGCUCCAUCCCCCACCAUCCCAAUAUCCACAAACAAUGGCGGCAUCUGAUUUAUGGCCCACUAUCGAAGCUGCCAGGCAGCAGCAACCAGUCCCGAUAUAUUCUUAUCGUUGACGCGCUUGAUGAGUGCGAGGACGAGAAUGACAUCCGGACUAUUCUAGAACUAUUAGCGGAGGCUCAAUCCUUAGAGACGGUCCAGCUUCGAGUAUUCUUAACCAGCCGGCCUGAGGUUCCCAUCCGCAACAGCUUCGACCAUCCUAGAUGCCGUGCAUCAGGAUUUUGUACUCCACAAAAUAUCGUCGUCGAUUGUCGAUCACGAUAUCCGCAUAUUCUUGCGGCACGAGCUCGAACGUAUUGCUCAUAGGCACUAUCCUGA